AUGCCUGGGUUACCCUCAACUCCCCCACCCUCCCACCCCCCACACAUAGAGGCACAGCUGGAUGCAGGAUCUAACUUUAGCUCUUCUCUUCCCAUCUGGAGGUUCACUAUCUCCUGUUCUCUCUCUUUCUAUUGCUCAGAGCUUCCCAGCAUCUGGCUACCUCGGGCCCUGAGGCAGACCUAUAUCUGCAAGGUUGGGGAUGCAGUAAACCUACUAAUCCCAUUCCAGGGCAACCCCAAACCUCAAGUCAACUGGACACAUGAUGGCUGUGCCUUGGAUGCCUGUCGUGUGAGUGUGCAGAAUGUGGAGAAGGACUCUGUCCUCUUCAUCCGAGAAGCCAAACGUGCUGACUCAGGCCACUACCAGCUGAGUAUGCAGCUGGAUGUCCUGGAGGCCACCGCCACCAUUGACAUCCUGGUGAUUGAGAGGCCAGGCCCUCCUCAGAAUAUCAAGUUGGUAGACAUUCGGGGCUUCAGUGCUACCCUGGAGCGGACACCUCCCCAAGACACAGGCAAUACAGCACUCCUGGGACACACAGUACGGAAGGCUGACACAAAAUCUGGGCUGUGGUUCGUGGUGCUGGAGCAUUAUCACUGCACUGGAGCAUUACACUGCACCAGAUACACUGUCUCCAACCUUAUCGUUGGCAACUCAUAUGCAUUUCGCUUCUUUGCUGAAAACCAAUGUGGGCUCAGUGAGACAGCCCCCGUCACUUCUGACCUUGCCCACAUCCAGAAAGCAGCUACCAUUUACAAGAUUGAGGUGUUUGCCCAGCGAGAUUUCUCCGAAGCCCCAAAGUUUACCUAGCUUCUGGCAGACUGCUCUACAGUCACUGGCUAUGACACCCAGCUCUUCCGCUGCGUCCCUGCCUCUCCCAAGCCCAAGAUCAUCUGGCUGAAGAACAAGCUGGAUAUGCAAGGCAACCCCAAGUACAGAGCCCUCACUCACCUGGGAAUCUGCUCCCUAGAAAUCUGCAAGCCUGGUCCCUUUGAUGGGGGCAUCUACACCUGCAAGGCCAUUAACAUCCUGGGGGAGGCCUCUGUGGACUGCCCUGUGGAUGUGAAAGGUAGAGGAACUAGUGUCUGAGGGUGCCGAUUAUCCCCUUUCUCCACAAGUGGAAAAGUCAGGAGACACAAACCUAGAUAGGGAAAGGCUUGGUUUCCUUCUCCCUUCAGGGCCGCUCAUUACUGUCAUCAUC